AUGGCUUUUACCUGCCGUCGUCUCCUCCUGGGUCUUCUUCUUCUUCUUCCCCGAUUGGGGUGCUCUGCGGCUGAAGCCGAGAGCCCCUUCUCCCCCAGAGCGAGCUUGCUCCGGCAGUGGAAGCGGCUCUUCGCCUCCGAGCAGAUGCCCAGCAUCCUCCUGGACAAGGCCUCCCCGCUGAACGCUACCCAGGUAGCCGCCUUCUCCCGCUACAUCGCCGACGGCACUCUCCCCAGCCACCUCCGUGUCUUCUGCUCUGCCGCCAACCUCUUCUGCGACGACAAGAACCCGGCCAACGUCACCAGCGACGUCUCUGGCGACGCGGAGUUCGAGAGCUACAGCAACAAGGACUUCCGGCGGUACCAGAAGGGCACAGUCUUCGGCGGUGACAACUUCAAGAACUACUCCGUCGGCGAGAACGUCGCCCGGGACACCUUCCUCCGCUACGGCCAGGACGGCACCUCCGGGUUCGAGCAGUUCACCAACUACGCUCUCACCACCAACGUCGGUGGCUCCGGCUUCACCAGCUACGACGACAACAGCAACGGCGGCGGCGGGGUCUUCCAUAGCUACGGCAUGCAGAGCAACGUCCAGGGCCACGACUUCGCCGCCUACGGCGCAGACAGCAGCGCGGUCUCCGACAGCUUUACUUCCUACUCGGAGGAGUCGAACGUCGUCAGGAACGAUUUCAAGGGCUACGGAAAGGACGCCAGCUCCAUGCCCAGCACGUUCACGGGCUACUCCACCAAGUCCAACGUCGGCACCAGCACCUUCAAGGGCUACAGCGCCGGCGGCAACGGGGGCACCGGCAUGUUCCAGAGCUACGGCGAGUCGGAGAAUAUCGCCCGUAGCGACUUCCUCUCCUACGGCGCCGAUGGCAACGGCGACUUCAACCAGUUCCGCUCGUACGGCGAGCAGGCGAGCCAGUCGGACAACUCCUUCCGCUCCUACGCCAAGGGCAACAACGCGCCAUUGGAGGACUUCUCCAACUACGGCAACUCCACCACCUCCUCGAAGAACGAGUUCGUCGAGUACAAUAAGGACGCCGGCGGCGUCGAUCCCUUCCUUCGCUUCACAACCUACGUCGGCAACCAGACUUCCUUCAAGCAGUACUUCCGCACGCCGGGAACCUUCAUCGAUUACAUCAAUAGCAGCCAGGCUUCGGCGGCCGCCACUGUGGAGCCGGGGAAGUUCUUCCGGCGGGCGAACCUCGCCGAGGGAAAGAGCAUUCCCAUGCCGGAUAUCCGCGACAAAAUGCCGCCGCGUUCGUUCCUCCCUCGGGCGCUCGCCCAGAGGCUGCCGUUCGGGUCAGCGCGGUUGCCGGAGCUCGUCCGCCUACUGGGCGCCGCCGUCCUGCAGGGGUCGAUGGCGAAGACUGUGGCGGAGUGCGAGCGCCCUGCAGUGAAGGACGAGAUAAAGAGAUGCCCGACGUCCCUGGAGGCGAUGGCCGAGUUCGCCGCCUCAGUACUGGGGAAGUCGGCGGCGGUGUCGACCACGGCGAGCACCGCCGGGUGGGGGAAGACUCUGGUGGUGGGGAAGGUAGCGCCCCGCCGGGGGGGCGGAGAGACGGCGGCGGUGUCGUGCCACCAGAGCCUGUUCCCGUACCUGGUCUACUACUGCCACGCGGUACCCAGGGUGGCCGUCUACGACGUAGAGCUCAAGGAGGACGCCAGAGGGGAGGUGGUGAACCACGGGGUUGCGAUAUGCCACCUCGACACGACCCAGUGGAGCGCCGGGCACGCGGCGUUCGUGGCGCUGGGGCCGGCGCCGGGGAAGAUCGAGGUCUGUCACUGGAUCUUCGAGAACGAUCUCAUCUGGGUGGCCCGUGACGGGUGA